AUGGAAGAGAUCGAAAAGUUCGACCUUAGCAAGGCUCUUCCCGCUAUCCCGCGCCCCUAUGAGGUCUCAGGAGAAGAACGCAUCAAGAAACUUGAGGGAUACCUCAAGGACGAGAGAAUCAAGUCGCAACGGUCCAAUAUUCAAUUUGUGAUCAAUAUGUAUAAAACUGGGAAGCUAAAGUCUCUCCUUGGACCACCCAAUGGGAGAUCUAUAUAUGUGUGCGACGGUCAGGUCUAUCAUUCCUUACCCGAUCUCGAGGAAAUCAUGGAUCGCCCAGUGUGGUUUGAGAAAGAACGACAACAGAUGAAACUCUGGAGUUCUUACGUACAAAUAGAACCUGGCGCAAUGCAUAAGUUCUACGCACGACUCAGACUGUCACCCUCCAUCGCAGACCGUGAUUCUAAGAACCUCCCAUAUAUCAUUGUGCAACUUUCCAAUGAUACCGGAAGCAACAUACAGACCAUUUUCACUUCAGAUUUGGCACAACUCAAUUAUAAUGCCGGCACAUAUCAUGCCACGCAGGGAUAUGAUGACAUUAUGACCGCUGCGGGGGUGGUGGUACGUCCCAGCAUUCUUAUCCAGCUUAUGAUCCUCGAUAGCGAUGGGUAUAAAAUGACCGACUGGUUUGCUGAGCGGGCGACCGUUGUCGAUGAUUCGACCGGUCCUUUCGGUUUGGAGCGGCUUUCGGGGACAGAGAUCAGAAAACAGCUUUAUAUGUUCGGUUAA